ACCCACUGAGAAAGGAGAAAGGAAAGAGAAAGAAAGAAAAAAGAGAGGGAAGAGAGUGGUGGCGUAGAAGCAGAAAAGGGUGUGGCCUUUGCCUUUCAUAUUUUUUUUUGUAUUCUUCUGUGCACACACUCUUUGUAUCCAGUUGUUGGGGAAACAUAUACACACAGAACAAACAACAAUUUCAUUCCUUUUUUUUUUUUUUCUUUUCUGAAAAAGCAAAACCCCAUUUUCAUUUGUUUUUGUCACUCAACAAAACCAACCAAAUAAGGGGGAUUUGUAGAGGAUUCAUGGAGGUUGAGAAUGAAAUGAGGCAAUCCAAGUUCAGAAGAAUUUGUGUGUUUUGUGGUAGUAGUCAAGGCAGGAAAAGUAGCUACCAAGAUGCUGCCAUUGACCUUGGCAAUGAAUUGGUUUCGAGGAACAUAAAUCUGGUGUAUGGAGGAGGAAGCAUAGGGCUAAUGGGUUUGGUUUCACAAGCUGUUCAUGGAGGUGGAGGACAUGUUAUAGGAGUCAUUCCCAAGACACUCAUGCCUCGAGAGCUAACUGGUGAAACAGUAGGGGAAGUGAAGGCAGUUGCAGAUAUGCAUCAAAGGAAGGCUGAAAUGGCUAAGCAUUCUGAUGCUUUUAUUGCCUUACCUGGUGGUUAUGGAACUUUAGAGGAGUUGCUUGAAGUAAUUACUUGGGCUCAGCUUGGAAUUCAUGAUAAACCUGUGGGUUUGCUGAAUGUCGAUGGAUACUAUAAUUCCUUGCUGUCAUUUAUUGACAAAGCUGUGGAGGAAGGAUUCAUCAGUCCAAGUGCACGUGAAAUCAUCCUAUCCGCUCCCACGGCAAAGGAGUUGAUGAUGAAAUUGGAGGAGUAUGCACCUUGUCAUGAAAGAGCUGCUUUAAAGUUGAACUGGGAAAUAGAGCAGCUUGGCUAUCUCUAGGAAGGAUAUAGAAUGGCAGAAGGAGGAAAAGAUGGAAUCUGAAUUUUGAAGCUCUAAAUUUCUAUUUUGGGGGAUUCUUUUUUUUGUAAAUUACUGCAAAUUGACCUCAGUAAAUGAAGUUUGCUAUAUUUCCUUCAUUAUGAAACACUAAUUUCCUUUUGAAAUUGUAAGUAAACGAGGUUGAUGAAGGUUUCCCCUCUGAGAAUGGGCUAUCUACUAACUUGAGAGAAAAAAAAAAGGAGAAAAGAAGAAAAAGAAAGAAAUGUUUUGCAAGUGUUUCAUCAAUUAUUGUUCUCUCCAUGUCUCUGUCUCUGUAAGCUAACAGGAAACCUCCAUUAUCAUUUCAUUAUCCAUCUGGGUAUUGGUAAGAAAUGUUAUUGAUUUCAGAUAUUUUGUUA